CGGGCAUGUUUCGCUACUGUACUUCCGCAUAUAAUACUUUAAACAGUUACUAAAUUAAUUUAUCGUUCAAAUUGAAUACUUAUAUUGAAUUCUUUCCAUUUUGGUGAUUUUGAAUUAAAAUGGCAUCUUGUAUUUCACGUGAAUCAAACGAUAGGGCUGAUGCUGCUGAUGAUACUUACAAUUUUGAAACUAGACCUGCAAGUCCUCCAUUAUCUAAAAUUGCAUCCUCAGCAAGUGUUUCAUCUAUUGCUUCCUUUCCUGAAUAUGAUCUUAAAGCUAAUCUGCAACCAGAAGUUAUAAAGAAUAGGUUAUCUGAUAUAAUUAAAAGUAAAGGUCCAGAUUUGAUUCAGGCAUGUAAGAAUUUUGACCGAAGAUCAACACGUAAAAUACCAAAAUCACAGUUAAGGCAAGUUCUGAGAACUUUCUGCUUUCCCAUAACGGCUGCUCAGUUUGAUUUAUUAUGUGAGGAGGUUAAUGUUGAUUCAUAUGGAAAGCUUAAUUAUUAUGAUUUUUUAACAAAGAUAUCUGGUUUGAAGAAUAUAUGCGAUACUAGAAUUUCUGAAAAGUUGCCUGAGCAAAUUUCAGUUGAUGAAAUUGAACUUCGAAUCAAAGAAAAGAUAAGUUCAAGAUUGCGUGAUGUCAUUUGUGCAUUCUGGCUUUUUGAUAUCAAUAAAGAUGGCUUUAUUCAGAAAAAUGAACUCCGUCGGAUUAUUCGAAAUUACUGUUUUGAAUUUAGUGAUGAUUUAUAUAAUGAGUUAUGGAAAUGUUAUGAUCCCAAAGCUACUGGUGUUAUUCGGUACAGAGACUUUUUGGUGAAAUUAGGUGUAAAUGCAGAUCGAUACAGGAAAUAUAUGCCUCCUGAAACCGUGGCUCAUGCCAUGUGCUGGACAGAUAAAAAAUCUAAGAACUUAAUGGAUGACAUAAAGUUUGAGCAAAGAACUCGAAGAGCUGCUGUAGAAAAUAGAGAUGAUCCUAUUAUUCAAGGACUUCCACUAGAAGAAGUGUUAAGCGUUUUUCUCGAUAGACUUCAAAGGCAGGCCAAGGUGCUGAAAAAUGCUUUUCCUUUAUUUGAUUAUGAGAAUACUGGUGAAAUAUCCUUAUCAGACUUUCGUAGGAUUAUAAAUUUCUUUGUUAUGCCAAUGUCUUCAAAUUUGUUUAAUCGAAUUAUAAAAAGGUUAGAUAUACAAAUUCCUGCUAGCAAAAAGCUACGUUAUCAAGAAUUUUUGGAAAAUUUCUGUAGUAAAAGUGCCUGUGAUAAAAAAUGUGGAGAAAGGAGUCUUUUGAAGUUGGAUUGCUAUCCAGUUGUUCAGCGUAUCAAAAACAGAGUUGUGAACCCAGAUUCCCGUCUUCGAUCUGUAUUUACAAAAAUUAAUCCUGAUAAAGUAUGGCAAAUAACAAGACCUGAGUUAAAACAUGCUAUAGAAAUAGGACUUGAUUUUAAAUUGUCAGAUGAUGAUUUUAAAGAAUUAAUGACACUUUUAGAUCCAGGCAACACAAAUGUAAUUAAUUGCAUGGAUUUUCUUAGACUUUUUGAUGAGACGUCUGACAGAAAUUUUGUUAGAGAAGAUAAUUUGAGUGAUUUUCAUGAACUUCCUAAUGUAGAAAAAUAUCAGCAUCUGUGUGGCAAAAAAUUGAAAUCUAAACUUAAGCAUCAUUUAAACAAAAAUAUCAUCAACAUAGAAAGAGCUUUUUUGGUUUGUGACUGUGAUCAAAGUGGUUUCAUUUUGCCAGAAAGAUUGAAGGAUAUUCUCAGCAAUUUUUGUUUUCCUCUCUCAGAUGAACAAUUUGAAGACUUAGUUGCUGGUUUAAAAAAGUAUGGUGACAGCUUAAACUAUAAAGAGUUUUUAAAACUUUAUAAAAAGAAGUCAAAUGAAGAUGCAGACAAAUGGGUAGCUAUUGUUGAGAAAUUAGUUACUUAUAAAUCAAGAUGUCCUCCAGAAUUGCCAAUAGAUGAGGUUGAAGAGUUACUUCGUGACUGUGUAUGUGCCCGAAAAAGUGCUAUGUUGAAGGAUUUCAAAACACUUGAUGUAUGCAAUGUUGGAGUAGCUUGCAAAGAUGAUGCUAAACAUGUCUUGAAUAAAUAUGCUUUUCGAUUCAGUGAUAAACAAUUUCAUGAAAUAUGGAAGCGCUUUCCUGUCAACAAAUAUGAUCAGUUGUUGUAUGAUGAAUUUUUAGAAAAGUAUUCUGCAAAAUCUGAUAAACUAGUAUCCAGCAGCAACAAAAGUGUGCAAUAUAAAACUGGUGAAAAAGUUGAAGAUGAGAAAGACACUGAGGAAAGAGAUAAAAAAGAAGCAAGUAAAACGACUUGUGUUACUCGCAAAGCCCCAGAAAUAAGAAAAAGUGCAAAGGUAAUUUUGUAUUCAAAGGCUCCACAUUUAAAGCACAUUUUUGAUGCUAUGGAAAGUGCCAUUAUUAGAAAUUUCAGAAAAAUUCGUUUUCAUUUACAUCGUGCUGAUCCAAAAGUAACUGGUACUGUUGAUUUUACAGUACUUAAGAAUAUCUUGGCGAAAUCUGGAAUAUAUUUCACCAAAGAAGAAGAAUUUCACAUCUUGGAGUAUUUUGAUGUUCAUUUAAAAGGAAAAAUCAAUUAUAGGGACUUUUUACGUAUAUUUGUAUGGUAUGCUUAAUUUUUUUAAUGUGACAGUCUUGUAAAUUGAAUUUUAUUUUGUGGUAGAUAUUCUUGUAAAUUGAUUAAAAUUUAAUACUGUAUCAAAUUUUUUAUUAUUUAAAAUUUGAAAAUUUUAUUGAUUCAAAUGGAAUGUUUUAUAACCUGAUUAUUGUAAAUUCAGUAUGUUCAUAUUCUGCUGGUUUUUAUACAAUUCUUUUAUAUCUAUUUGUUUCAAAAUCUGUUACUGAAAUUAAAUAAAUCAUUUAUUUUUUAUUAAAAAUCAUUUGAUUACAUAUGAAUUGCAAUGAUUUAAAAAUGCGUAGAUGAAAACAACAACCUUCAACAGCUUUCGAUAUUGCGUAGAUGACUGAGAAGACCGUAAUGGCUGAGUGGGAAGCAUGAUGACACAAUUUAGCACAACAUAUCUUGAAAAAUCACAAUUUUUAAUUUUUUUACGUAUAUCAAAUCAUCCUUUUGCAGAUAAGACAUUUCCUAAUUAUAUUUGAAUACAGUAAAAUGCAUUUUAAAGUACGACAUCAUUUUCGGCAAGAAAGCGGCAGCAGCAUGGUUGAAAAGCGUCUUGCCAGCAGCAGAGCUUAUGCGAAAAAGGGGGAAGUUAUAGUACUUUCGGAGGAAGAAGGCUGGGAGUGGGAAAGUUUCAGUUCAGAGUUUUGGUUUGCAAUUAAUUUGAUUGUACAAGAGGUAUCUGCAUUAAAACGUUAUGUAAGAUAGAAAUAUCUGGAAACUGUGAGAAGAAAUGAAGUUAGGGGCAGAUCACCAAAUUUAGAAUGUUAAUUUUGAGGUCGCCA